GAGACAUGUUGUGGGCAUUGACAACAUCUACCUGGAGACACACAGUGGAAAAUAAAGACAAAGAAAAUGGUGGGCACAACUUGCACAAACAACAAAACAAACAACAACACAGAGGAAAACCAAAUCUUAACAAGCAUCAAUAUCUUAAAGAUAAGCAUAUAUCUUGUCAUCUUGAUCAUGGGUGUCAUUGGAAAUGGACUUGUCAUCUUUGUGACCGGCUACAAAAUGAAGACAACAGUCAACUCUGUUUGGUUUCUCAAUUUGGCGAUGGCAGAUUUCAUUUUUGAUUUCUCUUUGAUUAUCAACAUAAUUGUUACCUUCAACAAGUUUGUUUGGCCCUUCAGCGACUUAAUGUGUAAAUUCACCUCCUUGGUCGCAGUACUAAAUAUGUUUGCGAGUAUUUUUUUGCUGACAGCCAUCAGUCUGGACCGAUGUUUGUGCACAUGGAUAAUUGUGUGGGUUCAGAAUAAACGAACUCUAAACAAAGCCAGAAUCAUCUGUAUAUCUGUGUGGAUUUUAUCCAUCUGCUGCAGCAUCCCUUUUGUCAUGCAGCGCUCAGUACAGGAACAAAAUGGAUUGAAAUACUGUGCCUACAAUCAAGAAAAUACUGAUGUAUUAGUGUCUCUGUUCACAUACAGGUUUAUGGGUGGCUUUCUAAUUCCCUUCUUGAUCAUUGCAUCUUCAUACAUAGCUAUUGGUGUGCGGGUGAAACGUCUUAAAAUAGAAAAGCAGCUUCGACCUUACCGAGUCAUUUUGUCUGUGAUUCUGGCUUUCUUCGUAUGCUGGUUUCCUUUCCAUGUUCAACAACUGUGUCACAUAAGUGCAGUGAAGUAUAACUGGAGUGACUGUGUUAAGAAAGUAAUUGAUUCUGCAGGACCUUUUCUUCAGUGCCUGGCUUAUGUAAACAGUUGUCUGAACCCCAUUCUCUAUGUGUUCAUGUGUGAUGAGUAUAAGAAGAAACUUAAAAAGUCUCUCCUGCUGGUGUUUGAGGCGGCUUUUACGGAGGAUCUGCAUUACCAAUCAACACCUCGCUCUACGUUACGCCGCUCAGAGUCACAGCAAAGUAAAUCUGGCAAGCAGACAAACGACACAAUCGUCUCCUCGUCUGGAAGUUGUCAGGGGAACAAGGUUUUAAAUUCAGUCUGGUGAUGAUUGAAGAUAUAAACUUGUAAACCGGAGAUGAAGGUUUCUCAAACAUUCCUCCAUUCGGUCCCACCCCAAACUGUUGCCACUGGCUGAGACAAAGUCGGACGGUUCGAGGAAUCCAAAAAAGAGCAAUGUAUGAGGAAAUGACCCAUUUUGGUAGCACUUUAUUUUACAGUACGUGUACUUACCUUGUACAAAUAUGGAAAAUAAGGUACUUUUAGGUAUCUACAUGGUAA